GCUCUCGUUACACGUCGAGCAGGACAAAGCCCGUCCCGUGUGGAGACAUGGCAAAGCCCGCCGUCGCGCAGCCAACUCGUUGCAACACGGUUGAGAUACACAUUAUACUUCCAAGCGGAAAACAUGAAGAAUCGACCGCAGAAUCGCAGAAAAGUGUUAUUAAAAGCCGCGAACCAUUGACCCGGGCCAAACUCUUCGUUAACCCGGGAGCAAUGCAGCCUCCACAAAACCGCUGAAUACAGCCAGCGAUAACGGCUAUGCACACGCACCGGGGCCGCAACGGCUGCGGCCGCGGAACUGUCCUCGCCCAGUCCAGCGUCAGCAUAUACGACCCAUGCGAGCUCACCCGACGCUGCGCUCUCAGGCGCCGUGGCGACUGCCGCAGCUGCACUAUGCAACAAAGCUGUAUCGCUAGCGAAAAUAUACCAUCACUUCUGCUCAACUGUGACCGAGACACUGCCACGCGGCAAACAGAACUUGAGCCCAGGCCUAUGUCGCCCUUUCCCGCCUCCUUAGAGCUAUAGUAGUGUUAGUGAAGGCCUCACGCUAGACCUGGCCUUCCGCCUGGGGCCAGGGGGUGUGGCGGAGAUGCCGACCUCGCUGCCCCAGUGCCCCAGUGCUCCUCGCAGCGUCCAGCCUCUGCGCAGCGCGCUUCUUGCAGCACAGCGACUGUCGCAAUGCAGAGGCUCGCGAAGCCAGCGAGGGAGCGGGGCCUGCCACUCGCAAGGGCGCCAAGUGACGCACCCCACUGCGCACCCGCGCACUUCGCGGACGCUAGACGACGACUCAGGCUUCGCUAGCUUCGCGCCGGAGCCCAUAGUCACAACGCCAGGAGCCAGUGCGUUCUCAGAAGUGGAGGACGACUUGCAAAUCCACAGGCUCUUGCGAGAAACCGGGCAACAUAUAAAGAUUCCAAUGAUAGACGAGGACCGCUUCGACACGCAGUAUCCGGAGAGCCAGGCGGAGGAGCCUUCCUCAAGCGGGUCCGGGUGCCCGGUCUAUGUCAUGCUGCCGCUCGACACUGUCUGGGUGGUGGAGCGCGACGGCAAGCGGAUAUCCGUGCUUAAAAAGGAGCGCUCGCUCGACAUCGCGCUGCACACGUUGAAGCAGGCUGGCGUGGAAGGUGUCAUGGUGGACGUCUGGUGGGGUAUCGUUGAGCGCGCCGGGCCUCGCCAGUAUGACUUCUCCGCCUACAAGCGGCUAUUUUACAAGGUCGCUGCAGCGGGUCUGAAGGUGCAGGCGGUGAUGAGCUUCCACGCAGCGGGCGGAAAUGUCGGGGAUACGUGCAAAAUCCCGCUGCCAAAGUGGGUUCUCGAAAUCGGCGAGCGCAACCCGGACAUUUUCUACACGGACAAGGCGGGGCACCGGAACCGGGAGUGCCUGUCGCUCGGCUGCGAUGAGGUGCCGCUGUUUUGGGGCCGCACGCCGGUGCUUAUGUACCGCGAUUUCAUCAACGCCUUCGCGGACAAGUUCCAGCACCUGUUCGGGACGGUCAUCACGGAGGUCACUGUGGGGCUCGGGCCGGCGGGCGAGCUGCGGUACCCUUCCUACCCGGAGGGCGACGGCCGGUGGCGGUUCCCGGGCGUGGGCGAGUUCCAGUGCUACGACAAGUUCAUGCUCGAAAGCCUGCGGCGAACAGCGGAGGCGGCGGGGCACGCGGAGUGGGGUCUGAGCGGGCCGCACGAUGCGGGGCACUACAACAGCAGCAGCUGGGAGACGGGGUUCUUCGUCAGCCAGAACGGCAGCUGGAACACGGCGUACGGACACUUCUUCCUGUCGUGGUACAGCAACAUGCUGCUGGAGCACGCGGACCGUGUGCUGUCGUCAGCGGCGGAGGUGCUGAACAAGCACGGGCGGCCGCGCGUGUUCAACUCGAUGCGUGACGCGUCCAACGGGCACGUCAUCUACGAGUUCACGCCGGCGUGCAAGAUGGGCAUCAAGCUGGCGGGCGUGCACUGGUGGUUCAAAUCGCGCGCGCACGCGGCGGAGCUGACGGCGGGCUACUACAACACGCGGGACCGGGACGGCUACCUGCCCUUCAUGGCCAUGCUGCGGCGGCACGACGCAUCGCUCAGCUUCACGUGCGUGGAGAUGCGCGAUUGCGAGCACCCGCCGGAGGGGCGGUGCAGCCCGCAGGCGCUCCUGCAGCAGGUGAUCGAGGCGGCGGAGAAGUACGGCGUGCCGCUGUCGGGCGAGAACGCGCUGCAGCGGUACGACGACUACGCGUUCGAGCGCAUUGCGGAGAGCGCUUUUGGGCGCAACGCGCGGGCGGGGCGGCUGACGCAGGUUACGUUCCUGCGCAUGGGCGACCUGAUGUUUGACAACUGGGACGCCUUCUCGCGCUUCCUCAACCGCAUGCGGAACAAGGCGUGAGCGGAGUUCCCGCGCGGGAUGGGGCCCGCCGUGCGUGCAACCCUGCCUGGCCGGGUGGCCAGGACGCGCGCACGUUGCGGCGGCCUGGUAACGUAAUGGUGCAUGGCUGUUGUUGCCGCAGCAGCGAGAGAGGAGCGUGUGCACGUAGGAUUUGUGACCUGUUUAGUACGGUCGGCCGGAAGGAGAACUUAUCAUCCAUCAGACACCGUGACUGUGAGCGUUUUAGUGGGACGUGAGUGAGCGGGCCUGCUUCGCGGCGUGCGCCGACAUGUUGGGCGGCGUGCUAAAAGCGCGGGGAUCGCGCCAAGCGUUGCUGGAAGCAGUUGUCCCCUGCAGUACACGGAUUUUUUUGAGGGCAACAAGCGCCUGUGCAAAAUGCAAUUUUGGCUUUUCACCAGGGUGGACGUUUGACAUCUCCCGGUGUGCGUGUCAUGUGGUGUGUCGCUCACGAACCCGCUAGGUUGGCUUGAUUGCAGGAGCGGGAUACCGUUCAUCCCCUCAUACACCGCAUGGGCCGACUUGCCCGUGCUGGUGUUGUUUGUUUUCCGCCCUGCCCAUAAGAUCAAGAACAACUGAUUGGAGGUGCUGUCGAUUUAGAGGUGUACAUCUAUGUUACCGCAAGCGCAAGAAUUACGGAGUAGUGAAGAAGCAUUGGGAAGUCGGGAGAAGAAUCCGUCGUGAGAGCAUGGACGUGUGCUGGGGCCUUCCUGUGCACGGACGGAACUGCACGUGCGUGUUAGCCGCCGCACGGCGGACAUGAGUGGGUACUGGCACCGACGCGCGCCAUUAUACUGGCAUUUACCCUGACAAAAUAUAAACAAUUCUUGUAAGCUUUUGUCGUU